AUGAGCAAGCAGCUCGUGCAAGUGGCCCUGCCCGGCCCAGGCGGCGCAGCCUCGGUGCACGCGACGUUCGCCGCCGUCUCCGACUCGCUCCAAGCCCUCGUCGUCACCCUCCUCGCCGAGGAUGGCCAGCAGAUCAAGCGCACCGUCUGCGGUCGCGCGCACCCUCGAGCAGAUGACCUCGCCCUCUGGCGGAUCCAGCGCGUGUACCAGAGCUCGCCCACAACCGGCGGCGUCGAGUUGAGCGAUGAGGACCUCGCCCUCCUCGCAGAUGAUCGACUGCUCGCGCCCACCCUCACCGUCGGCGCGGCGCUCGCCUUGACCGGCUCCCCUCCCGCGCCUUACCCGGCCGGCACCGACGACUCGACCCAGUUCAGCGAGUUUCUCCUGUCGAGCCACCUGCAUGCCCCGACGCUGCGCCUCGUGUUCACGCCCAACCUCGUCCAGGUGACGUUCGAGCAUGUGCCCGGCUUGCCCGAGGGCCAGCGCGUCCAGCUCUUUGUCGGCGCCGAGACGACGGCGGGCGAGGCCGUCGAAGCGCUCGUCGAGGAGCUCGCGAUCAAGAAGUUUGUAGUCCAGGGCCACAAGUCGGCGCGCGUCGAGUACUGCAUCCAGGCUCGCGACAAGGACGGCGCUGUACACACGCUCUCGACGCCGACACGCAUCCUCGCCCACCUCCAGGCGCAACGCCCCGAGGCCGACCCGCCCUACCUCGCGACUUUCACCAUCUCGCCGUCCUGGCUCAAGAAGGCCGGCACGGUCGCGCUCGCGCUACCCAGCGCCGCCGCGGCCGCCUCGUCGUCGACGUCUACGUCCGGCGACGGCGUUCGCCGGAGCAUCGCGAGCCGAGAGGGCGGCGGUUGGCGGCCGUCUAGCCUCUUCGGCGGGCUGCUUUUGGGCACGGCCGAGGUGGCGCCGUCGGCGGUGGACGUGCCCGACGCGGCAUCGGGCGGCGAGAGCGACCAGGAGGAGGGCGAGGGCACGCUCAAGGCGGACAAGGGCGGCGGCGCAGUGUCCUUGGCGGCGGCGGCGGCGACCGACACGACCCGCUCGAGCGCGGGCAGCCGGUCCCGUCUCUCGGCGCUCUUCACCGACUGGAUCGCGCCCGAGGCGUCGACCUCGACCUCGCCGUCGCCGCCUGCGCGCCCGAGCAGCCGCAUCGUCGGCGCGCCCGUCGCGCUGUCGCAGGACGCGAGCCGCCGCUUUUCGAGCUUCACGCCCGGUCAGCGGCUCCCGGCGAUCCAACUCGAGGAGGAGGACGAGCGCGAGGAGGACGAGGGGAGCGAGGAGGGUCUGCAGACCGCUCUCGAGCAGCUCAUGGACGACCUCGGCCUCAAGGACGCCCAACGCGCCGCCAUGCACAACCUUCCCGACGACCGCAAGCGCUUCCUCAUCGCCCAGCACCGCGCCUCGCAAACCACCUCGCCUGCGCCGCUCCGACCAGUCUCGACCGGUCCCCCCUCGUCGUCCGACUCGAGCCUCCUCGGCAACGUCAAGCGCUUCUCGCUCGCCAGCGUCGGCUGGGGCGGUUACGCCGACUCGGAGCCGUCGCCGACACCGGCUCGACCCGCGACGACUUUCGGCGCGCCGGCGCCCAGCCCGUCGAGUCGGUUUGCGCCCGCGGAGCAGCGAGACGCCGGCGGUGCUGCGCCACACCUCCAGAGCCAGGAGACGGGCACGUCGUCGUCGUGGACGUCGUGGUGGUCGUCGCCGUCGCACGCGACCGGGACCGGCCAGCCGUCGUCGAGCGAGCAGGCCAAGGACUCGCCCCAGUUCUACCGGGACCAGCUUCGUUCGACCAAGAUCACGCAGCGCAGCCUCGCCAAGCACCUGAUCGCGCUCCGGGUCCGCCUGUCGACGGCCAAGCUGUCGUGGACCGAGGACUUUGUCGACAACGCGCAAGGCCUCGAAGCGCUCGAGGAGCUCCUCGACAAGGUGGCGGCUCACAAGACGAGCAAAGACGCCGUCGUCGCGACGAGCGAGGAGGGCAAGAUGGUCCAGGUCGAGUGCGUGCGCUGCCUGCGUGCCCUCAUGAACACCGACAUCGGCUUCUCUCGCGUCGUCGCCCGCCCGACCCUCGUCACCUCGGUCGUCUUCAGCAUCUACUCGCCGUCCCUCAAGCUGCGCUCCCUCGUCGCCGACGUCCUCGCCGCCAUGUGCCUCCUCUCGCACGACGCUCGUCGACUCGUCCUGUCCGCCUUCUCCGACGCUCGCCUCGACCACGGCGAGAGGUUCCGGUUCGAGUGGCUCGUCGACCGCAUCAAGGUCGUCGACCAGCCGGACGACCGCACCAUCGACGGCUCGAGCGUGCUGUCGGGCGUCGACGAGGACGACGACGCCGACGAGGCGAGCUUCUUCGAGUGGCGCACAGCGGCCAUGUCGCUCGUCAACGCGCUCGCCAACUCGCCGCACGACCUCGAGGAGCGCAUGACGACCCGCGACGAGUUUGCCCGUCGAGGGAUCAACGAAGCGAUGCAGGGCCUGCGCUACGUCGACCCGCCAGAUGCGCUCUUGCGCCAGCUCAACGUCUACGUCGAGGAGCGCCAGGAGGACCAGGAAGAGCUGCACGAGCGGACGGCCGGCCGAUCUCGCGACGACAUGUCGGACGUCCCGCUCGGCGAGCUCAUCAAGCUCGCGCAGGAACACUCGGACCUGUUCCCGCGACUCGUCGAGACGAUGCGCGGCUACAUCAAGGUCUUUGAGCGCCAGGACAUCGACGACCGCCUCCGCGACGACCUCAUCACGGUCCUCCACAACUUUGUCGACCACGCCGCGCACCUCGAGGACUUUGAUCAUGGAUGGCGCGUCUUCAUGCGGCAGUACCUGUCGAGCAUCGUCCACAUCGUCGGCCAGCAGUCGCUUAUCCGGUCGUCUCGAGUCGCCGACACGGCGAGCGUCCCGACGAGCUUUCUCGACGAGCUCGAGGGCCUUCGAGCGCAAGUCGACGAGCUGUCCGAGGAGCGCACCGCUCUCAGGCGGGAGCUCGACGCGCAGAUCGCCGAGACCAACACGCUCCGGGCCCUGCCGUCCGAGCGGCAGGUCGAGCCGGGCGAGCGGUCACCGCGAGGGUCGCAGCUGAGGAAGGGCGACAAGGAGAACUUUGCCGGUGUCGUCCAGCGUCUCGUGCAGAAGGAGAAGGAGGUCAUGGACUUGCGGGCGCAGCUCGAGGGCGGUGUGCGGUCGGCGCAGGGCGAGGAGGAGGCGAGGAAGGACCGUGCGGGCCAGAACCGCCGGUGGGAGGCGCUUCUCGGCGAGAUCGGGCAGAGCAAGGUCAAGAUCGCCGACCUCGACACCGAGCUCGAGGCCCGCAACAAGGAGAUCAAGUUCCUCAAGCGCACGCUCGAGUCGGUCUAUUCGCGCUUCCAGUCGUCCGUCGCCACCGCCCUCGCAGUACCAGGUCAAGCUGCGUCGCCGCCGGCCGUCGACGACCACGAGCUGCUCGCGACUCGCACGCUCGAGGCGCUCAGCCAGCGCGACCAGGAGAUCGCCGUCCUCAAGGCGCAGCUCGACGCAGCCCGGCAAGAUCUCGUCGAGGCGCGUACGGCGACACCCGUCUUUGCCCGUCGAGCGCCGUUCCCGCCGGGCUCAUCGUCGGCCGCGGCGUCGUCCCGUCCCUCGCCAACCGCCCUUGCAGCUACCGCCGCCCCUCCCCCUGCACCACCGCCCCCACCGCCACCUCCUCUACUAUCUCUCGCUCCAUCACCUCCUCCACCACCUCCUCCUCCUCCGCCGCCGCCUGUCGGCCGUCCUUCGCCUACCGUUCCCGCCGCGGCUCCUCCUGCACCAGCACCGCCGCCACCGCCACCACCACCACCUCCCGGUCAAUCAUGUCCUCUUCCGCCACCACCGCCCACCACCGGAGCAGCCGCGAGCGCAGCACAAGAAGCGGCUCGUGCGCGUUGUCCACCCUCGCCUCGACCUCCUCCCGAGGCGCCCCAACCACCGCCAGCGCCACCUGCUCCUGCGCCUCCGUCAUCAUCCAUGAGUCCGCCACCACCACCGCCACCACCGCCGGGGCCGAAAGGCUCGUUGGCGUCGCCGUCGCCCGUCGUCCGUCGCCUCGUCGCCAAGCCGUCGGCGCCGGCCAAGAAGAUGAAACCGUUCUUCUGGACCAAGCUGCCGCCGAGCCGUGUCGGGACGUCCAUCUGGUCGCAAAGCGAGGUCGCGCCGCUCGACCUCGGCGACCUCGACAAGGUGUUUGCGGUCGGCCCACCGCUCGUUCGCGAGUCCAACGUCGAGGCGCAGGUCAAGAAGAAGCAGGCGGCAACGAGCUUGCUCGGCAACACGCGGGCUCAGAACGUCGCCAUCAUGCUCGCGAGGCUUCGUCUACCGCACGCGACGAUCCGCAGCGCCAUUGUCGAGCUGGACGACGCCAAGCUGUCGGUCGACAACCUCAAGGCGAUCAAGCACCAGGCGCCGACCGCUGAGGAGAUCGCGGCCCUCAAGAGUUUUGACGGCGACAUCAAGACGCUCGCCGCGCCCGACCAGUACUUCCUCGAGAUCUCGACUAUUCCUCGCCUCGACGAGCGUCUCUCGGCCAUGCUGUACCGGCGUCGGCUCGACAUGGACAUGGAGGAGCUCAAGCCCGACCUGUCGAUCUUGCGCGCUGCGUGCGGCGAGUUGCGCACCUCGAACCGCUUCCAAGCUCUUCUGCAAGUCGUCCUCGCCAUCGGCAACUCGCUCAACCGCGGCACUUUCCGAGGCGGCGCGGCCGGUUUCUCACUCGAUUCGCUCCUCAAGCUGCAAGAUGUCCGCACCGCGAGCGGCUCGACCGACACGCCGACCCUACUGCACUACGUCGUCCGAGUUGUUCGCCGCCAAGACCCGUCGCUGCUGGCCCUCUUGGACGACCUCCCGCACGUCGAAGCUGCAUCGAGGACUUCGAGCUCGACGGUGCAAGAGACGGUCCAAGCGCUCGUCGCCGGCGUGGCCCAGGCCGAGCAGGAGCUCGACAUCCUCAAGCAGACGCCGAGCACCAUGUCGCCACAAGACCGAUUCGUCACGGUCAUGGAGCAAUUCGUCCGACACGCCUCGCCCGCCAUGUCUGCCCUCUCGAGCUACGGCUCAGCCGUCGCCGAUGAGCUGCGAGACCUGCUUCUCUUCUUCGGCGAGGACCCGGCGCAGGCCAAGCCCGAGGAGCUGUUCGACCUCGUCGCGCAGUUCGCGUCCCUGCUUCGGCGCGCCGACGCCGAGGUGCAGGCGGCCGACGCCAAGGCCGAGGUCGAGCGUCAGAAGAAGGCGGCGUCGCUCAAGCCCCUCCAGCCUUCGCCUACACCGCCACCGACAACACCGCCCACCUCGUCGCGCAAGUCGUACUUUGCCGCCUCGCUCAGCCCUGGGUCGCCGUCCUCGAGCGGCAGCAACUCGAUCGGUCGCGGCCAGUUCGACACGGCGAUUCGCGACUUGCGCAACGGCGUCUCGAGCCGCCGGCAACGCUCGACGGCCGAGCGGGACCGUCCUCUCUCGCGCCUCUUCCUCACGAGCUAG